GGGGCAGUUUGGGGAGUCUGGGGCCGGACCCCCCCAGCCCCCCUCAAAAGGGGCCCCCCCGGCGGUGCUGGAGGACCGCGCACCAUCGAGAGGCGCGGCCAGAGCGGCCGCUCCGCCUCGGCCCCUCCCUCCCCUCCCGCCGUUUCUCUCGGCGUCACUUCCGGCCAGGGCAGCGCGAGGGCAGCGCGGGAGCGGAGCGGCGCCGCCAUGGCAACGGCGACCCCCAAAGUGCCGGAGGUUCGGGAUGUGACGCGGAUCGAGCGGAUUGGUGCCCACUCCCACAUCCGAGGGCUGGGCCUGGACGACGCGCUGGAGCCGCGACAGGUGUCCCAGGGCAUGGUGGGCCAGCUCUCUGCCCGUCGGGCCGCCGGGGUCAUCCUGGAGAUGAUCAAGGAGGGCAAGAUCGCGGGACGGGCCGUGCUCAUCGCUGGGCAGCCUGGCACGGGCAAGACGGCCAUUGCCAUGGGGAUGGCUCAGGCCCUGGGCCCCGACACCCCCUUCACGGCCAUCGCGGGCAGCGAGAUCUUCUCCCUGGAGAUGUCCCGCACCGAGGCCCUGACCCAGGCCUUCCGCCGCUCCAUCGGCGUCCGCAUCAAGGAGGAGACGGAGAUCAUCGAGGGGGAGGUGGUGGAGAUCCAGAUCGACCGGCCUGCCACGGGCACGGGGACAAAGGUGGGGAAGCUGACGCUGAAGACGACGGAGAUGGAGACCAUUUAUGACCUGGGGGCCAAGAUGAUCGAGGCCCUGAGCAAGGAGAAGGUGCAGGCGGGGGACGUGAUCACCAUCGACAAGGCCACGGGCAAGAUCUCCAAGCUCGGCCGCUCCUUCACCCGGGCACGGGACUACGAUGCCAUGGGGGCUCAGACCAAAUUCGUGCAGUGCCCCGACGGGGAGCUGCAGAAGCGGCGCGAGGUCGUUCACACGGUGUCGCUGCACGAGAUCGACGUCAUCAACUCCCGCACCCAGGGCUUCCUGGCCCUCUUCUCCGGGGACACGGGGGAGAUCAAGCCGGAGGUGCGGGAACAGAUCAACGCCAAAGUGGCCGAGUGGCGCGAGGAGGGCAAGGCCGAGGUCAUCCCUGGGGUGCUGUUCAUCGACGAGGUUCACAUGUUGGACAUCGAGAGCUUCUCCUUCCUCAACCGGGCGCUGGAGAGCGACAUGGCCCCGGUGCUGAUCAUGGCCACCAACCGCGGCAUCACCAGGAUCCGGGGCACCGCCCACCGCAGCCCCCACGGGCUGCCCUUGGACCUGCUGGACCGGCUGCUGAUCAUCGCCACGGCCCCCUACGGGGACAAGGAGACCCGGCAGAUCCUCAAGAUCCGGUGCGAGGAGGAGGACGUGGAGAUGUCGGAGGACGCCUACGCGGUGCUGACGCGCAUCGGGCUGGAGACGUCGCUGCGCUACGCGAUGCAGCUCAUCACUGCUGCCAGCCUGGUGGCCAGGAAACGCAAGGGCACGGAGGUGGGCGUGGAGGACAUCAAGCGCGUGUAUUCCCUGUUCCUGGACGAGUCGCGCUCCACUCAGUACAUGAGGGAAUACCAGGAGGCCUUUCUGUUCAACGAGCUCCAGGGUGAAUCCAUGGAAACGCCGUGACCCCCCCCCCACCCCUCCCCCACUUUGUACAAUAAACCCGAUUUGGAG